ACUGUGACGGCAUAGUCAAAACAACGAAAGAUGAUGCUAGCGUCUCGCAGCCGCGAUUAAAAUGUCUGGUUUGUAACGAUCGCCAGGACUUACGUCAGAUAUUUCUCAUCUUAAUGCCAUGAUUGUGUUGGACUAUGAGUUUGGCAGCGUUUUAAUCGGGAUACAAGAGAAAAAACUGAUCACAACACCAUCUUUGUCGCUACCGGUUUGCUAACGACAGGUGUCGGUACAGCAGUCAAACCCGUGUGAGACGGUUUACUCGAGGCAGGUAUCUGGGUUUCCGGGAGAGGCCGGUGCUCACCGAAGAGACGGGGAACAGGAUUGGUAAGCAGGGGGGAGCGGCCACCGCAGAGCCCGUGGAGAAGAUGUCAAGCAGCCCAGAGAAAAGCUCCUCAGCGCAGGAGCUCAAGGAGCAGGGCAACCGUCUGUUCCUCAGCCGCAAAUACCAGGAGGCCGCAACCUGCUACAGCAAAGCCAUUAAUCGGAAUCCCUCAGUGGCCGUGUACUACACUAACAGAGCACUAUGCUUCGUGAAGCUACAGCAGCAUGACAAGGCAUUAGCCGAUUGUAAACAUGCCCUCGAGCUUGACAGCCAAUCAGUGAAGGCGCACUUUUUCCUGGGCCAAUGUCAGCUAGAGCUGGAGAACUAUGAAGAGGCCAUUGGCAACCUGCAGAGAGCCUAUAACCUGGCGAAGGAACAACGUCUGAAUUUUGGCGACGAUAUUCCGAGUGCUCUUCGCAUUGCCAAGAAAAAACGCUGGAACAGCAUAGAAGAGAAACGAAUCAGCCAAGAAAACGAUCUGCAUGCUUAUCUCACGAAACUCAUCCUGGACGAGAAAGAGAGAGAGAUGGAGGACUCCAGAUUGAAAGACUCUGAAGACAGUCAGAAUGGAAGCGAGAUUAGCAAAAUCAAAUCCAAACACGAUAAAUAUUUGAUGGACAUGGAUGAGCUCUUCUCUCAAGCAGAUGAAAAGAGGAAGAAGCGAGAGAUUCCAGACUACUUGUGUGGAAAGAUCAGUUUUGAGCUGAUGAGAGAACCCUGUAUUACGCCCAGCGGCAUAACCUACGACCGCAAGGACAUAGAGGAGCAUCUACAGCGUGUCGGUCAUUUUGACCCGGUCACCCGCAGCUCACUGACACAAGAUCAGCUGAUCCCCAAUCUGGCCAUGAAGGAAGUGAUCGAUGCCUUCAUCCAGGAGAAUGGCUGGGUGGAGGACUACUAAACACACAUUCACACUCACACACACACACACACACACACACACACACACACACACACACACACACACACACACUCGAGUGGACUGUAGCAGAGUUCCCCGAUACACAGAAUGAAUGAACCCCCGUAUGUUCAUGCACUUUAAUCAGUGGAGCUCUGCUGUGGAAUAUCUUGCCUACAGAGUCACAUCGGCCUCUCUGUCUGUCGCUCUUUCAAACUCUUUUGGAUCAUCCCCGCCGGUCUCUCCAAUGUGAUUUAACUUGGAAUGACAAUGCAGUAGCUGUGAAUGUUACCCAUGCUAUCUCAUCUGGCCUUAAAGGGAUAGUUCACACAAAAAUUGCUCAUUUUGUCAUCAUUUACUCGUCCUCAUGUCGUUCCAGGCCUCUGUAUUAUUUUCUUUCAUUUGUGAAAUGAAAAAGGAGAUCCUUGACAGAGUGACCAAGCUUCUGCUUUUCAUUUAAAGGGAUAGUUCACCCAAAAAUGAAAAUUCUGUCAUCAUUUACUCAACCUUAUGUCACUCCAAACCUGUAUGACUUUCUUCUCCUGAACGCAAAAGAUGUUUUGAAGAAUGUUUCAACUGUUUCUGUGCAUAGAAUGAAAGUCAAUGGGCCGAUUAACUUUUAUUGUGAGAACGAAAUGCGUACAGGUUUGGAGCGACAUGAGGGUGAGUAAAUGACAGAAUUUGACAGAAUUUUCAUUUUAGGGUGAACAAUUCCUUUAAGAAAAGUUGAUUUAUACUGCUGAGCUCCAAAAACGACACAAUGACAUCAUAAAAGUGGCUCAUACAACUUGUGCGCUAUAUUUCAAGUCUUAAGACAGUAGCUUUGUGUGAGGAACAGACCGAAAUUUACAUCAUUCAUUGAUCUUGCCUUUCGACAUCUCAUUUGAAGUCGUGAUUUGCAGACGUGCAACAAAGUGUCAUAAUUUGUGUCACAUGGUGUGAUGUGUCCUAAGGCACCGUUUUUGAAUCGAACACGCAUGCGAAUGAGAUUUGAGAACAACGGCGGAGGGGAGAUUUUCAGUGAAUUACUAUUCAAAUUUCAGUCUGUUUGCUCGUGCAAAGCUGUCAUAUGGAUUCAGAAGAUUUUAAAUAAAGCAUACACAUCGUAUGAAGUACCUUUGUAAUAACGUUUAUGGUGUUUUUUUGGCAGUUUAAAUCCACUUUCAUUAUGCAAAGUAUGGAAGUAGUAUGGAAAAGAACAGCUUGGACAUUAUGCUAAGUAUCUCCUUUUGUGUUUAACAGAGCAAAUAAAAUCAUACAGAAUUGAAACUACAUGAUGGUGAGUAAAUUAUGAUGGAAUUUUCAUUUUUGGAUGGACUAUCCCUUUAACAGGCAUGUUCAGUUAUUCCUUUACAUUGAUUUUUGUUCAGAUGUUCAACAAAGAUAGUCUAAAACAUUGGCUAAUGUUGGCUGUCAUCGAGAUAAUAGUUAAACAGUUGAAUAAUCCUACUGUUUAAAGCAAAAGACAAUGCUGUAAUUUCAUUAUUGAAUGUGAAAUGAAAACAUCAUAAAUGAGACACUCGUUAAGAAGAGGAAACAUGUCAGCGUUACGCAGGUUGGUGUGUGUGUGUGUGUGUGUGUGAGAGAGAGUUUGUUCUUUAGGGACUACCAGUCACCUUAGGGAUCUAUAUGCAGAAUGAAUGCGAGAUGCUAGUGUAAAAAGUUAUAAACGUGUAGAAUGUUUCUAAGAUACUAAAGCUUGGGUUAGAGCAGGAUGUUGAUUAUAAAGUUUUGUAAUGAGCGUGUAAUCCACAUCAUAUAUCUUGACAUUAAUGCAUCUACUGGCUGCCAAUCAAAACAAUUUGAGAAUCUGUGUCAUACAGAUGACAUCAUCAUUGUUAUGGUGUAUUAUACGGUUAGUGACACUUUAUGUCUGUGUUAGAGAGAGAGAGGUGAGUGAUCAGGCUAUUGAUUUUUUUUUUUUUUAUCUUACCUUUGGGGAAACUGAGUUUAUUUUUCUGGCGCAUACACAAUUUUUUCCUGUUUAGUAUCAGUAUUGAGUUUUUUUUUUUUUUUUUUUUUGGGGUCAGACAGCCCUUGCUAGUAGCUGGACAUUACGGUUUCCAAAACUGUGCAUCUGGCACAGUUCAAAUAUUACUGAAGUGUAACAGAUGGAUGCAUGUUAAAAUAAAUGUUAUU